CUUUGACUUCCCUCGCAAUCUUACCUACUUAUGGAAUUAUGUGCUGACGGCUUAUCGAACAGCCGCCUUCAUUGAGAGCUGUCCCGCUGAUCAGGACAUUCUGCAUCAUUAUAAGGAGCAACUGAAUAUGUCCACGAACCAGCGUGAAACGCUGCAAUCACCGACGAAGACACACACCAUCCCGGAAGAAGUACUGCACGACAUCAGACGAAGCGGGCUGGAUCAAAACUGA